CGACACACACAGCAGCUGCCGCGGCCGACGUCACGCCAUGGACCGCGUUCUCGAGAAGAUGGUGAUACUGGCGACGCUGCUCUCUGUAGCGUCGGCACGCCCUGGAGUGGUCGAGGGCCACGGAGCGGGGGCGGAGUUCCUGGGGGACGCGCAGCUGCUGGACGGCGGCGGCGGCGGGGGCGGUUACGGCCACGGCGGAUACGGCGGCGGCGGAUUCGGCGGCGGCGGGUUCGGGUUCGGUGACGCCGGCGGCGGCCACGGCCUCCAGCUGGUGGACCUACACGGGGGUGGUGGCCUGCACCACGGGGCAGCACUUCUGGCGCUAGGCGGCGGCGGGCACGGCUUCCCCCUGGGCCAGCCGGAGCUGGUGGAGUUGGGCCCCGUCGGGGAGCCGUCCGUCCAGAUCAUCGAGGCGGACGUGCCGCCGCCCAAGACCAUCCGCGUCACCAAGACGGUCGCCGUGGGAGUCCCGGUGCCGUACCCGGUCCGCAACGACGUGCCCGUGCCGGUGCACGUCCCCAAGCCCGUCCCCGUACCCGUACCCGUGCACAUCCCCGCGCCGCCUCCACUGCCCGCGGCCGUCAUCUCUGCUCCUGCUGGAGACUACGGGUCUCAAGGGAGUUACGGGCCUAGCGGAGGUGGCAUAGCUGCCAGUGCGAGUGGCUUGUCUGCUGUCAACGGGGGCAGCUACGGUGCCAGCGGGGGCGGCUACAGUGCGGGUGGUGGUGACUACAGUGGAGGCAUUGGCGGAGGUGGUGGCCUGGAUGCAGCAGCUGCAUUGGCAGCGGCAGGAAUCGGCCACAACGCAGGUGUAGGGCUGGCGGAGGCCCACCCGCACGACCUGGGAGCCGCAGCAUCCGGGGGCAACUCCGAGGAGAUCUCGCGCAGCGCCACUGCCAUUGUCGGCGAGGAGACCAUCCAGAGGGCGAUAGACGCUGCAGAGGCCAUCGAGCAGGGCAACAAGGUCCCUGAUCACUAGUUGUUCUACAACUCCGUGGCACCACUCUUGCAUCUCACUACGCCUGUAUUACACUGCCUUUCAUUAUCCAUAUCCACAUUUCAUCCUAAUCACCAAUCUCAGGAUUUCUUGUCACAACAAUAAUAGUGUGUAUUUUUGAGGGGAUCUGUGAGGGCUGUUCAUAGCUAUUGUCCCCAAUCCAAAAAAUUUACGUAACUAUUACUUGCUACAAAUCCCCACUAAUAUAAAUGGCACCACUCUUGCAUCUCACAAUGUUUUUAUUAAACUACAUUUCAUUAUUCAUCCCACUUUUCUUCACAUCAGUUCCAGCAUUUCUUGUCACAACAUCCAUAGCAGAUACUUUUCAAGAGGAUAUCUGCAGACUGCUUAAUCACUGUUGUCCCUAAUCCACAGAACGAACUUACAAACACAAUCAUUCAUUAUAGAGCCUCAACAAGACCCUUUUUGGUUAUUAAGUUCCAUAUAUCUGCUCCACAUAUUUGUUAACUCAGAAGGGAAAAAAUCUAUAGUGACACCACAUCAUCUUAACUGCUUCCACCAUAAAUUAAAAAAAAUAGAGUUCUUGUAGGAGAAUUUGGCUAGGAAGUAAAAUGUGUUUGGCAAUCUACUCUGCUAUUUGUCGGAUGUUAAACUCUGAUUGAACAAAUGAUGGAGUUAAGAAGACACAGAGGAUGACCAAAAGUGGAGUUCAUGAAUGGAAUUAAAGCUGGCAGAAGAAAUGAGAGCAGUGUCAAGGGAGUUAAAAUGAGUGAAUCCAUCAACUUUCACAGUGAAGAGAAAAAGAAAAGGAUCCAGAUUUACUUCUCUGAUGUGAAAUUUCCAUUACUGCUCUCUGAUGGGAAUCCAUUGCUAGCUUUCACGACUGAUUAAUUUUUUUAGAUCCAAAUAGGUGCAAAUCUUGUCAGUUCACAUAUAAUUACCUGUUUUGAGCUCGCAGAGAUACCAAACAUAGAUCUGAAACUGCAUGCUGCCCAUUUUCUGCCAUUUACAAUAAUAUUGUGAACAACACAAAAACGAUCAGAACAUUACAGAUUUCAAAAUUACAAAUUUCAACAACAGGAAUCUAAAGCUUACAGCUCUUGUAAACAAAUAACAUAAAGAUUUGGUGAAACAUGUCACGGUUGGAUUUUUUUCAAUUUGAGGACGAUAAUUAUUGAACAGUUGUUAUGGCUUCCUUCCUCUAUCAAAUGGUGCUUUCAAAAGUGAGUCUGUCAAAUGGUGACAGUCACUCCUUGAUACCAUAAUGCAGAAUCUGUUGCACUUUUUAUGGAUAAGUGAUUUCAGCAUUAACCCCGACAUUUUAUGCAUAUCAGAAUGUUUAGUCCAUUCUAUUAUCAUACUGAAAUAUUUUUCAGUGUCACUUGCCAUUUUCAUGUUCAUUCCACAUUGUGCCCACUACAUCUGAAAAUCUGCAUCGCCUUCCAUCAUCAUUUUUAUGUUCUCAAAUGACUGAAAGUAAUAGUCACUGUUAAGUUUGUUGAUUUUGUUGAAUAUGUUCAUAAUAUUCCAUAUGUGUGUUUUUUGUUUUCUUUGUUGUAUACUUGAUGUGGAAUGUUAUUUGUGGUACAAAGAAUUUCUUUUAUUCUUGUUUGUCUUAAUGUUGUAAUAAAUAAACUGUUUUGUACACAAA